UUUAUCCUGAAUUUUCUUGAAAUUUAUGCAGUUAGACCCCAAUCUACGAAACCAAGACCCACAAGGAAAAUCCCUGAACCCCCGAAAAUCAAAGGGAAGGGCGGAUCGCUCAUUCACAGGGAAAAGCGAGUGUUUGGUACCGCCCGAAGCCCCGCCAUUCCUUUGAAGAUGAAAACGGUGAUCGAGAAGCCGGUGAAGGCAAAACCCGCAUCAGGGCUGCUAAAGAAGCCUGCAAAAGUAACAAAACCAACUCGAUCACCAAUCAUACGGAGGCCAAUUUUGGGGGCUGGAAAGCCAACUGAGAAGACCCUGGCUUGGCCGAUGAAGGCAAAACCCGCAUCAGGGCUGCUAAAGAAGCCUUCAAAAGUCACAAAACCAACUCGAUCACCAAUCAUACGGCUGCCUAUUUUGGGGACCCUGGCUCGGCCGAUGAAGAAAACAGUAUGUUUCCAAGAGAAGGGACCCAGAAAGAAUUUGGAUGAUGGAAAUGCCGCUGAGCCUCACACUCCUCUGAACGCGAUCAUAGCCAAGCCAAGAGUCGCCACGCCUUUUUACAGCGCAGAGAAAUGUAGCAAAUGUAGGUUCGACAAGCUUGAGACCGCGUCUUACUGGCUGUCUCAGAUCAAGUUGGCGGAAUCUGUGGGGAAACAUUGGGUCUCUGCUGCUUUGUUUGGACUGGCUUUCGACUGCAAUGGAGAGCCCAUAAGUAACUUGAGAGUUGGACUAAGGAAGUAUCUGGCACGACACGAGAACGUGAGUGAGGAAGAGGAGUGGAGGAAGGUAAAGAUUAGCUAUGGAUUGGUAAAAGAAGAAUGCAAUGCAAACGGGAAGGCUGUAGAAGGCGGUAAUGCAAGGGUCGACAGCCACAAAGAUGAUAAUUUGCCAAACCAAUUUGAUGAAGAAGAUAGAAAGUGAUUGUUGUGAAUUGUAGUAUAGAGUAGUUCAAUUCAUGUUAGAAAACGGCUGUUUUUCUAUGUUUUUAAUCCGGGGGUAACAAUUAGAUAGUUUUCAGUUGGUAGGCUAGGCUUGUUAGGUGGACAUAAUUUGUUGUGCUCAUCUUUAUAAAUUAUACUCACUCCGAUCAACGAAAAAUAGUCUCAUUUUAUUAUUUUAGGAUGUCCACAAAAAAUAAUCUCAUUUCUAAAAAUAAAAAGUUUUCUCUUUUACUUUACCUACUUUUUC